AUAAAAUAUGGGCCCAGCUUGCAGCGUCGCAGCCCCUCCCACCAAGAGAGAGGCGGAUAGCGUUUCUCCCCCCACCGCGGCGACGCCUCCUUUCCCUCUUUCCUCCGUCCCAUGCUCCGUCGCUGACACGUUGGACCGACUUAACCUUCCGAUGGCCUCCGCAGCCGCCGCCUCCGCCACCGCCGCCGUAUCCGGUGUCUUGCUUCCCCAUGCCCUCCUCUCCCACCGCUCACCGCCGCCGCAGGUCCUCUCUGUGUCGUCCUCGUUCCACCGGCUCUCCCUGUGCGCUUCCCCUCGCCGGGCCACCUACCUAGUUGCCUGCGCCGAUGCUGGAGAACCAGAGCCCGCGACGGAGCCUGAACCCGAGGCCGAGCCUGUCACUGCCUCAGCUGACGCCAAGGAGGGGGAGGUCGAGGGAGCUGUCGCAGUGGCGGAGGAAGAGGAAGCAGACGAGCCGCCACCGCCGAGCAAACCAGCGGUCAAGUUCGGCGAAAUCAUUGGGAUUCUGAACAAGCAGUUCAUUGAGGAGGCCGAGAAGGUGAAGACUAUACCAGAUCUGAGGCCCGGUGACAUCAUUGAGCUUAGAAUGCAACGGCCCAACAAGAGGAGAUUGUCGCUCUUUAAGGGCAUAAUCAUCGCAAAACACAAAGGUGGUGUUCACACUACAAUACGCGUUAGAAGGAUCAUUGCUGGUGUAGGAGUUGAAAUUACCUUCCCUGUGUACUCUCCCAGGAUAAAGGAGAUCAAAGUGAUCAGACACAAGAAAGUGAGGAGAGCAAAGUUGUACUAUCUGAAACACAAGCUUCCCCGCUUUUCAACCUUCAAGUAAAACUAGAUGUACCGGGGGAAGAGCUUCUCCCGCUACCAUUUUGAUUUCCUUUAGCAAACCACUUUCCACUUACUCAAAUCAGUGCAUUUCACUGUAAUCACUGGAUGUCAAAAUGCGCAAUAUCUACAGCUUUUGUGUGGCCUAUUUCGGCUUGCAGUGUAAAUGUAUUUUGUCCUAGGUGUACAGAAUCGGUACUAGGAUUACCUCGUUGUGAAUUUAAUUAUAUCCUUCUAUCGGA